CAAAUGUACAAUGUCAUCUACAAGACUGCUAAUCAUCUCAUGUUUCUAAAUUAUUUGUAUCCAAAUUGGGUAUGGUUGCUGAUUGAAGUGGUUUUUAUUUUUUUUAUUUUUCUCUCAGGUACUUUAGCAAUUGACAGUCAGUAACACAAUUAUUGCUGCAUUUGGCAGGGUCUAAUCUGUUUUUGUAUCAGACUGUGAAUAUGGUGUAUUAGAAUAAUAUUUAAGAUGCUCCCUCUAAUGGCCACUAUUGAGUACCUAUUUCUGCUGAUUCCAGUCAAUGUGCCCUUCUCUCUUCCCCUAGUUACCACCUUCAUACCAUUAUGUCAGUACUGAACCACACCACCUGGCACCAUCAGACUUUCACCCUGACUGGGAUUCCAGGAAUGUCGGAGAAGGACUUCUGGAUGGCUUUGCCCCUCUGUCUUCUUUACAGUACCACUUUCCUUGCCAAUGUCACCAUCCUUGUUGUCAUCAAAGUAGAGCGCAGCCUACACAAGCCCAUGUAUUAUUUUUUGGCCAUGUUAGCUGCCACUGACCUCAGCCUUUCAUUCUCUUCCAUGCCCACCAUGCUCAGUGUUCACUGGUUCAACUGGCGCUCAGUAACCUUUGAUGCCUGUAUCACCCAGAUGUUCUUCAUCCACACCUUUGAGGGAGUGGAAUCAGGUGUUCUGGUGGCUAUGGCCUUUGAUCGCUUUGUUGCCAUUCGGUUUCCUCUGCACUAUGCUACCAUUCUCACCCAUGGUGUCAUUGGCAAGAUAGGUGCAGCAGUCCUUCUGAGAAGUGUAGGAGCUGUGUUACCAGUGCCUUUUCUUAUCAAAAGGCUACCUUUCUGCAACUCCAAUGUCCUUUCCCACACGUACUGCCUCCAUCAGGAUGCCAUGAGGCUAGCCUGUGCUGACACCCGUGUCAAUAACAUCUAUGGCUUACUGGCUGUGAUCUUCACCAUUGUGCUAGACACCUUGAUCCUUCUGGUCUCUUAUAUUCUAAUCUUUCAUGCAGUCUUGGGCAUUGCUUCCUGGGAAGAGAGGCUCAAGGCUCUCAAUACUUGCCUCUCUCAUAUUUUUGCAGUGCUGCUUUUCUAUGUGCCUCUCAUUGGCAUGACGCUGAUUCACCGGUAUGGGAAGCAUUUGUCACCUGUAGUACACACACUCAUGGCCAAUAUCUACCUGCUGCUCCCCCCUGUGCUCAAUCUCAUUAUGUACAGUGUCAGAACCAAGCAGAUCUGGUGGCAGAUAGUCCGGGUUUUCUGCAGAGGCAGGAUUGACCCUUAA